CGCCAUUAUCGCAACGCCGCGUCAUCUAAUCGAGCCGGAAAAAUAAUGGGGAUAAAUUCGUCGUGAAGCGUGCAAGCGGCGGGAGGAAGGGAUUUUUCUCGGCGACGCCGAAUCUCUUCCAAUCCGUCCGCUGGUGCCAAGCCGGGGCUAGGGUUCUCGGAGAUCGUGGGCGCGGCCUCUGCUGCUCUAGCCGCCUUCGCCGGCGAGCGGGACCGGAUGCUAUGCUGCUGAGCUGCGGGUCGCUCUGCUCCUGGGUGCGCCGCCUCGUCGCCUGCGUCGGAGCAGAGGUUGUUUUGGAUGUGCUCAGCCUACUCCAAUAAUAGCUGUCGAUGAGCCUACAAAAGGUUUAAGAAUUCAAGGGCGCUCAAUAAAAAAGCGUAGUUUGUCUGAGGACUUUUGGAGUACAAGCCCGCACGAAAUGGAGAACAGUGCCAUGCAUUCCCGACAUAGCAUGUCUUCAAUGAGCUUAACAGCACAAUCUAAUGAUCAACACGCAGCUGGAAGUGGCAGUAACCCAAAUGAGUUUGUAAAUCAAGGUCUUCUACUAUGGAACCAGACUAGACAGCAGUGGGUUGGAAACAGAAGGCGUAAUUCUCAGGGUCAACAACAACUUCGAGGACCGAAGCUAAGUUGGAAUGCUACAUACGAGAGCCUGCUCGGAAGCACGAAACCCUUUGCACGACCGAUCCCUCUUGGUGACAUGGUAGAAUUCCUCGUGAACAGCUGGGACCAGGAAGGUCUAUAUGAUUAGUUGGUUAAUUCAAUGGUAUUGUUUGAGGUCACAUUAUUAAUCUCUGAGAUCGCAACUUCAGUUUUCAAAGCUUGUGUGGUGAUGAAUAUGGAUUAUCCUGGAGACAGGAUGGCAUCCCUCUCUUAAGCAAAUGUAAAAUAUUAUUUACUAGUUGUGUUCACAAUGCUUAAUAUCGCUCUUGUUCGUCA